AUGCUUAAAGAGAAGCAGGAUCAGGCAUCAAAAAAGGACGCAGAACCCGGAUCCAGCGCGUCAUCUCUAAUCACUGAUGGCAUUCCCUCAUCAUUUGACCCUUCUAUUUCGCUGCCCCCGGCCCCAGACGGCGGCUAUGGCUGGGUGAUUGUAAUUAGUGCUUUCUUUGUGAUGCUUAUAAGUGAAGGAUUUUCGCUAUCAUUUGGUGUACUUUUUACGGAACUGUCAGAUGUUUUCGGACAGAGUAAAAGUGUAACCUCUAUUGUUGCAUCCCUAUUCUAUGGCAUCCCUAUGGUUUGUGGACCUAUAGCCAGUGCCAUUGUUACUAAAUUAGGAUGCAGAAAAGCCCAGAUUCUAGGAGGACUGAUCACAAGCAUUGGAGUCUUAGCUAGUGCCUUUGUUAAUUCUAUUGGCCUUAUAUGUUUAACACUUGGUUUUGUCGCAGGAUUCGGACUAUCGAUUGGUUAUAUUACAUCUGCAGUUCUUGUGGCGUACUAUUUUGAAAAGAGGCGAUCUUUGGCGUCUGGAUUGUCCGUUUGUGGAUCCGGUAUCGGUACCUUUGUAUUUGCUCCACUUUUGGAGUUCCUUAUUGAAGAGUAUGGAUGGAGAGGCUCCUUUGUUAUUCUCAGUGCCAUCACAUUAAAUUUGGUCGUCUGCGGAGCACUUAUGAGACCUUUGGAAUUUACUCCUCUGGAAGAGUGGAAAAGAAAUUUAGAAAAAUUUGAAAAUAUGGCGAAAACAAUACCGGAAACUAAACCGCACAAUCGAAAUUGCCUCGCUAAUAGUUCGGACAUGCUGAACUUAGAUUAUCACAAUGAUACCAAAUGUUUAGCUGAGAAAAGACAGCGUUGUCAUUCAAUGGUACAACUACCUACUUUUACAAAUAAAUCCAAAAAUAUUCCACUUGACAUGCUAUGUGUUGUACGAAGAAAUGGUAAGAGUUCGCAGCACAUCUUGAAGCAAUAUUUCCAAAGCAUGGAUGCACUUAAUGUUAAUGGCACAGGAACUACCCGUACACCUAAUCUAGGAAGACUUCCCCACGACAAAGCAAUAAAUGUAGUUGCAAACGAUGAUCAAAAUGCCUGUCAUGAGAAAGAUGGCGUUGUCAAAGAUGACGAAAUGAGAAAGAGAAGUAAGAAAAAAUCGCUUGUCCGUAGGAAGACCCUAAAUCGACGGACAGUAAUACAGCAUUAUCCACUGUUCAGAAAAGACUUGUUUUACAGAAGAAGUCUUAAAAGAUUCACUGUCACUCCAAAGAACCGACCAAAGAGCUGCCCAGCAAUGCAUCAAGAGAUGUUGGAUGAAAGCGAUGAAGAAGAAGACGAAAAUGUCUCUUCUAUACCAAGACUCCUGAGGUUAUCCAAACACAUCAAGAAAAUGUUCAAGUUGAUGUUUGAUUUCAAAAUCAUGAAAAACCCCUACUUUCUUAUCUUUCUGAUCUCCAACUUCAUCUCGUACUUCUGGUACGAUGUACCGUAUGUAUUUCUGAAUGACAUUGCUAUAGAGGGAGGGAUAGAAGAUCCAGCGUUCAUUAUUUCUGUUCUUGGAAUCGUGAAUACCUUCGGUCAGAUUGUGUAUGGGUAUAUAGGGGACAGAAACAUAGACCUAAUUUUACUCUAUGGAGUGUCUAUCGUUCUCUCAGGGCUGGCUGUGAUGGUUGUUCCGUGGUUCGUGUCUUUUGUACCGCUCUGUAUCAUUGCCAGCCUGUUUGGGUUCUUCGUCAGCGCCAGCUAUGCUCUGGAUACUGUGAUUUUGGUGGAGAUAGUCGGGAUUGAUAAGCUGACCAAUUCCUAUGGACUGACCAUGAUGAUGCAGGGAUUAGCCAACAUCAUAGGACCUCCUCUAGCAGGUUUACUAUAUGACCUGUCUGGUUCCUACGACCACACCUUCCUUGUCGGCGGAAGCUUCUUUUCCUUUUCCGGUCUACUACUUAUCUUCUUACCAGUCGGAAAACGCUUAAAAUCAUUCUUCAAGAAGAAGAGAUUCACCAGCAAAAGAACUCCGAAACGGCGAGAAUUCUUGGUGAAUGCUUAAAUCUCGUAUCACAGCUGCAAAAUGGCUAGAAAUCUCUCACAUCCUAAUAGUGCAAAACUUCAAAACGGCGAUAAAUGCCAGUGGAUCUAUUUCUAUUAGAUGCAAAACUUCAAAACGGCGAUAAAUGCAAGUGG